AUGCCUAGCAGGAAGGGAAAGGAAGUGGCACUUGUUGCUUUUUCUUCUUCUGGUAAGACCAAGAAGAAAAAGAAAAGCAAUAAGAAGAAGCCGUCUUCUGCCUCUGGCCCUUCUGGUAUAGUGGGCAAAAAGAGCCAAACUGUGAAGAAGAAGGUAGAAGUAGCUCUUGCUGACAGUGGAAAGUGUUUCCACUGUCAAAAGGAUGGGCACUGGAAGAGAAACUGCCCAGAAUACCUAGAGUUGGUAAAGAACAAGAAGGAACCAGUAAAUCAUAAGAGCUUGGAUCAUGGAGAAGUGAGGCUGAAGAUUGGUGAUGGAUUAAGUGUUGAUGCUAAAGCCAUCGGAUCUACUUCUCUUAUUGUACAUAGUUAUUUUGAUGAUAAUGUUUUAUACUUAAAAGAUGUUUUGAUUCCAACUAAAUCAGUUUCUUCCACACUGUAUGAGAUAUGGCAUGGAAGACAACCAUCCCUUAAACCUGUUAAGGUAUGGGGUUUUCCAGCUUUUAUCAAGAAGCUGGAAACUGAUAAAUUAGAAACAAGGCUUUACUUGGAAAAGGUGUUGAAGAGGUUCAACAUGCUUGAUUGCAAGAGGGAAUUGUUACCAGUUAGGCAUGGGAUUCACCUUUCUAAGGAACAGUCUCUAAACACUCCUGAAGAAGGGGAAAAUAUGGCCAAGGUUCCUUAUGCUUCAGCUAUAGGAAGUCUAAUAUAUGCCAUGCUGUGUACUAGGCCUGAUAUUGCCUACGUUGUUAGUAUGACUAGCAGAAAGUCCAUCUCAGGGUUUGUAUUUUUGUGUAAUGGGGGCGCUAUUUGUUGGAAAAGUUCCAAACAAACAACUACAACAGACUCCACGACUGAAGCUGAGUAUGUUACUACAUGUGAUGCUGCAAAAGAGGCUGUUUGGAUCAAAAAGUUUGCUUCAGAACUGCAAGUGGUUCCUUCUAUUGAGGAGUUGGCUAAACGAUCACUAUCUUCUUCUGAAAGGACAUUUUGGCGAGGGUUGCUGUCUUCGAAUUUUGUUGGAUCUGCAGUCAAGUGUUCUUGA